AUGCGUUUUCUGCGACGCCUCUUUCCUUUAGUGGUGCUGUUGGUAUCAUCCUCCACCGCAUUUUCAGACCAGGCCAACGAUGCCCUCAGUCAUAUCUCUACUUUCUCUAAGAUGCUUGACGAGAAUCAAGAUGCUGUCAAUCGGUACAACGGCGGCAUCGUGGCAGCUUCCCCUCUUGCACACGGAAUGCUCAAUAUAUGGACCUCGUUGAGGGAGGCCAAUUCCAAUCUCCAAGGUACCAAAUUUACACCUCAGGAGUCUAGUGAGAUUGUUGGCAACCUUACUGCUGCUAAUGAGGCUUCUCUUAAUGUGCUUGAUGCGUACCGGGAAAAGGCACCACUGCUUAACCAGGCCGGUGUAGGCUUCAUGGUUCCAAUUUUCAUGCAAGCCUUGUACCGAGAAGCAGAUGACUUUACAGUUGGGUUGAAGAAGCAGAUGCCUCAAAAGUAUGCGGCCUCAAUGGAUCAGAUUACCGCCCGCCACAGGACAGCCUGGGAUGAGACAUUCCAAUCGUACGAGUCAGCCAGCAAACCGAAUCCAUUGAACCAUAAGAGGUUUUUCUCAAUGGUGUCGCCAGUUCUUGGAUUAUUGAUUUGA